GCAUGGACUACUCUGGGUAUGGUCCAAAUACAAUCUACGAAAGAAAGAGUUUGAAGAAAACAUAAACUUCAACAAUGAACACUACAGCUUUGAGAGUUUUCAUCUUGGCUGGAAUAUUUCUUGUUUUUGGAGUAAUUAACGAAACCGAAUCUCAGUGUACUCAACAAGGUUCUUAUCUUUCAGAAAACGGCAACUGCUUGAGCUACUACACUUGUGUAGUGAAUAAUGGAGUGUGGAUACGUAGUAACCAUACGUGUCCAACUGGUAGACCUUUUAACAGCACCGUUGCCAUGUGCGAUUUCAAUGCGACGUGUUCAACCUCUACAGAAUCGACGACGACCCCAACGACACCAACUACAAUAAAUGCCGCUGCAGCUACUACUACAGCUACUUCAAACACAGCACAAUGUCCACCAUUGGGAAUAUAUUCCUUAAAUUCAGCAGAUUGUAGAUCAUAUUAUCGUUGUAGUUAUUUCAACGGGAAUUACCUAAUAAACAAUUACACAUGCCCUGUUGGCCGACCCUUUAACAGUGCUACCCAGUCAUGCGAUUCAACUAUAACUUGUUAAUAAGUUAAUACUAAAUCCUGAAGUUUUUAAAAAAAUUUCUUUAAUAUUUGCAAACAGUUUUUGUUAAAAAGCAGUUUGUAUAUCAAAAUUUUAUAAUAGUGCAAUACCAGUAGCAAUAUUUAUAAUUUAAUUUAAAAUGUAAAUUUAAUUAAACUGAUUACUCCUU